GCAUGAUUGCAAAAGGGGUUACGAGUCAUCAAACAAGAGUCAUGUUUGAGCAUCAUCACUGAUCCCCCAUGUUCUCCAUCUUCCCAUGGAUCUUAUUCUCUUGCCUUAUCCCUCCUUUGCUGAGUUAUGCUUGCAACCAACAUGAUCGGAACUCUCUCUUGUCCAUCUCUCCCAGCUUCUCUCCUCUUCUAAAUUGGCCAUCCAAUGCCAAUUGCUGUCUCUGGGAAGGGAUUGCAUGCGAUCCUAAUGGUUGGGUCACCCAUAUUUGGCUACCCUCUAGAGGCCUCAGCGGUAGCAUCCCUCCAUCUUUAACAAACCUUACACAACUCUCUCACCUCAAUCUUUCCCACAAUUCCUUUGCUGGACCACUUCCAGAUGAUUUCUUUUCAUCUUUAAAUCACCUGAAGAUCCUUGAUCUCAGCUUCAACAAAUUGCAUGGAGAAUUACCGUCACUUGUUACAUCAAAUGGUUCACCCAUCUCCCUCCAAAUAUUGGAUUUGUCCAGCAAUUACUUUCAAGGGUCAUUAUUCCAAUCUCCAUUUCUUCAGGCAGCAUGGAAUUUGUCAAGUCUUAAUGUUAGCAACAAUGACUUCGUUGGCCUUAUCCCUUCCUCCAUUUGUAGCAAUUCCAACCUUGUUAGACUCUUGGAUUUCUCUUUCAAUGAUUUCAGUGGCCAAAUCCCUCAUGAACUAGGGAAAUGCUCCAAGCUUGAGGUUUUUCGUGCAGGUUUCAACUCAUUAAUUGGACCACUUCCAGCUAACAUUUAUCACAUGUUAGCAUUGCGAGAAAUUAGUUUACCUUCCAAUCAACUCUCGGGACCGAUUGGUAGUGACAUUGUUCAGCUCGUUAACCUCACCACCAUUGAGCUUAACAACAAUGAACUGAAUGGCACGCUCCCUCAAAAUAUCGGGAAGCUUUCUAACUUGGAACACCUGCUCCUCCAAAUGAACAAUUUAGGCGGUACAAUUCCUACUUCCUUGUUGAAUUGCACCAAUUUGGAAAGAUUGAGUUUGCUGAUGAACAAAUUAGGAGGUGAUAUCUCCACUUUUAAUUUCUCCAAGCUUCCCAAACUUGUCAUUGUUGACCUUGGCGUUAAUCAUUUCACAGGUCAAUUGCCAGUAAGUCUUUACACAUGCAAGUCCCUGAAAGCAAUUAGACUUGCUCGUAACAUGCUAGAAGGACAGAUCACAUCUGACAUUCUUGCUUUGCAAUCUCUUUCAUUCCUUUCACUUAGUACAGUUAAGUUAACCAACAUCUCAGGGGCAAUAAAAAUUCUAAUGGGUUUGCACAACCUUAGGGUCCUCUUGCUUGCAGAAAGCUUUGUAAAUGAGAUAAUGCCAGAUGAAAACAACUUGGUUGAUUCAGUUGGAUUUCAAAAUCUUCGAAUUUUGAGUUUAUGUUGCUGCAAACUUGUUGGAUCAGUGCCAACAUGGUUGUCAAAGCUUAGAAAGCUAGAGGUUCUUAUACUAUCAUGGAACCAAAUUAGAGGUCCAAUUCCUAAUUUCUUGGGGACUUUGCCAAGACUCUAUGACAUUGACUUGUCAAAUAAUUUCAUUUCUGGAGAAUUUCCACAGGAACUUACUAAACUGCCUGCGUUAACAUCUAAGCAAGCUUAUGAAGAAGAUGAUCAAAUUUAUCAACUUAUGCUAGGGUUUUUUCCCCUCAAUUCAGCUCCACGAUAUUGUGAAUCUAAUGCACAAUACAAUAGAAUCUCAAGCUUGGGAAAAGGAAUUAAUGUGGGUAACAACAGCUUGAGUGGCAAUAUCCCCACUGAGAUUGGUCAAUUGAAGUUUCUUCGAUUCUUGCAUCUCUCUCAAAACAACUUCUCUGGCAACAUUCCACAUCAGCUAUCCAACCUUUUUAACUUAGAAAUACUAGACCUCUCCGAAAACAAUCUUUCUGGUGAGAUUCCACAAUCGUUCAAAGGUCUCACUUUUUUGUCCCAUUUUAAUGUCUCAUGCAACAAUCUUCAAGGAGCAAUACCAUUGGGCACUCAACUUCAAAGCUUUGAUGCUUCUAUGUAUGAGGGGAAUCCUAAACUUUGUGGCCCCCCACUACCAUACCAAUGCCAAGUUGUUGGUGUCAAUAAUGAAGAUGGGAGCAUUCAAGAUGAGGAAGACGGGCAUGAAACUCGUGGGUUCUAUGUGAGUAUGGCGCUUGGAUUCAUCACAGGGUUUUGGGCAAUAUGCGGCAGUUUAUUCUUCAAACCUUCUUGGAGGUAUGCUUACUUCCAAAUUUUGACAGAUACAAAAGACCGAUUUUGUGUGACACUAGCCGUUUGCAAGGCUAGAGUUUGGAGCAGGAUUCAAACUUAAGUGGCAACAAGCUGAUCUCUGCAUAUGAGGAUCAAGUAUUCCUAUAACUGGAGUGCAGCAACAAAGUGGUAGAGGACAAAGGGACCAACAUAUCAAGAUUAAUUAAAGAGUCUUUAUUUUUUUUUCUUUCUUUCUGUUUUUCCUUUUAGUAAGCAAAAUAAAAUAAAGAUGGAGCUUUUAAAACAAUUCUCUCUGUUGUCCUGUUUCAAAAUUAGGUCAAAAUGUUAAGAGUUUCAUCUCAUUCACGGACUUAAGUAUGGUACGAUUAAAGAUUGAAAUUAU